ACUAGCCUCUUUAGUAUCUAAGUCUCCCUUUUCCAGGAAGCCUGGUUCUCUCUCCUACCUUACCUAUUGAAGCAACAGAACUCGGUUCUUGACCACGCAUCAUUAUCGACACUGAUCCAGGAGUGGAUGAAAUCCUUGCGAUUCUGCUGGCGCUGUCAUCAUCUCCCGCUGAUGUCGAAGUCCUGCUACUUUCUGUAACGUUCGGCAACGUUCCAGUACAGAGACGUCUCCGCAACAUUGUCGCCAUGUUCAAUGUCCUGGAGAAGGAGUUCGCCUGGCGGGAGGCUCAUGGGAAGGCGCUGGGAUUCGAUACACUGAGAGCCUCGAAACCGCUUGUCGCCGUGGGCGCAGAUCAUCCCCUAGAGGAAGAUGAGUUAGCCGCCGACCAUUUCCAUGGUUACGACGGUCUGCACGGGGUCCACGACGAGCAUCCGCAUCUGAGUCCCGAGGCAGCAUGGGGAGCUGCCUUCCGCGAGGGUCAUGGCGAGAGAUCUACGUCUGCUCUGUUUACCCCUUCUAAGGCGGCGGCUCACCAGGAGAUCCUCCGCCUGUUGCGCGAGAGUCCUGUCGAUACCAUCACCAUCGUCGCUGUCGGCCCCCUAACCAAUCUGGCCUUGGCAGCUGCAGAGGACCCUGUUAUUUUUCUACGCGUCAAAGAAGUCAUUGCUAUGGGAGGCACCAUCGACUUGCCAGGAAGCAUCACCCCAAACGGCGAGUUCAACAUUUACGCCGACCCAGUUGCGGCAGCCCGGGUAUUCGCACUCACAUCUCCUCGUCCGUACACAUCAAUGCCCGUAACCACGGCAGCCAGCACUCUCCCACCGUACCCAGAUUAUCUCUCCAGGAAGCUCAAGCUGACCCUGUUUCCGCUGGACAUCACGACCCCUCAUCGACUAUUCAAGGGCCCAUUCACCGAAAAGGCGAAGCCACUAGAGGAGGCGGGGAGCCCCCCUGGCCCAGUGGACGGGCCACUUCAUAUUGAAUCGCUCAAGCCGCCCGGCAGUACUACGGAGGCGGAACUCCAGCUCCACAAUCCCAUGACCAUAUGGUACGUAAUCACGCAGGAGGAUCCCGGCUUGAGGACAUCUCCGGAGCUAGAGGAUAUUCGUGUCGAAACGUCGGGCCAAUGGACUCGUGGCAUGUGCGUGGUUGAUCGCAGGGGCUUCAAGAAGGCAGUCGGGCUAAGCAUUGAAGCUGACGAGCCGGCUGUUGAAGAGCUGGUUGGCGAUACUGGAGGAUGGCUCGGCGCCAAUAGAGGCAACCUGAUUAGGAGAGUUGUUGAAUCUCCUGGCGAAGAUCUGUUUGGAAAGAUCUUUUUAACAAGCAUAUUCGAUUAG